ACAGGUGUGCUCGUGCUCGGACAGGUGUGCUCUGCUCGCGCUCUGUAGGACUGAUAUGGACCCAAACUAGUGUGAGGUUGAGCUCUGAGCAGGGUGGAUGUACCUAGGGUUGGCCAUGGCUGGGAAUUGUACUGAUAAUUCUACUCUGCAAAUUUAUCAGAUUCAAACCAUUACUUAUGUAUACAUUGCAUUUCUCACUCCCAGUGUCAUUGGGAGUUUUUCUGUCUUUUUGGCUUCAUUACUGCGAUGGAGGAAUCUUCAAGAACAGAGGCAGCUCCUGGUCCAGCUGUCUUUGGCUGACCUGCUGGCCUCCUCCGUGCUUCUGUCCAUCACCUCCUCCAACAUCAUCUUCACCGGAGACGAGCCCAACCUGUGCCUCUAUGGCCUACCCCUGGCUCUGGUGUUUUACUGCCUCUCGUUCAUGCUGGUCAACAGUUAUGCCCUUAAGUCCAAGAACGUGUUGCAAGGAUGGAGGACACAACCAGCAGGCUCUGAGGAUGUGCAGAGUGGAAGAACCAAAGAAAACAUGUAUUAUGCACUAUUAUGGAUCUUCUUUAUUGGAGUAUACGUGACCUAUGCUGUGUUUAUUGCCCCACCGACAACCGAUACACACACUGUAAAGACGGAGCCUGACAGUUGUAAAAGUUGUAUUUUGUUCUCACACGUCUGGAAGGACAACUGUUCUGUUUAUGACUUAAAGCAUCAAGUGCCAAUCUAUUUCUUCCUGUGUUUCAUGGUGGUGGAAGUUAUACUGUCCUGCACGGUGAUUUACCGUGGGAUCUUUAAGUGGCACGAGGGCCAGCAGCAGCAGGGCCUGUUCCCUGUGGAGGGAGAUGGACAGUCCAGGAAAAGGUUUAAACAUCUUAAGUACACGGCGAGGAACAGGGUACUGGUCAUCAUCAUUUGCUGGACUCCAGCUCUUCUCCUAUUCGGGCUCAUGUGGGGCAUUGAACCAUCCAGACUCUUUCCACUUUACAUCAUACAGGCUGUUACAGUGUCUUUACAAGGCUUGCUGAACAGUAUAGUGUAUGCAUGGAAGCGACCGAACUUCACAGAGGCAGUUUUAGGGGAGCGCACGCCUCUGAUCACCUACAACCACGUGUCAUUUUUUGAGGAAUCGCUUAAAACGUCUGUAUGACUGUUAAAACGCACCGUGUUUUUAAUGUUUUUUUAAUGUGCAUUGGACUAUAUACAGAAGAAGAGACUGUACGGUGGCUAAGACUGAAUAAAAUAGAUGAAGGAAGCUCAACAUUAGAGCAGUGAAGAUAAGCAAAUGGUAGCAAAUAGUAGCACGUUUUAUGGUAUAAACUGACAAUAACAAAUGUGUUGGUUUAUGAAAAUGUACAUAGAUUAUCUGUUGUAACUUAUUUCUAUUCUAUUUCUGUGUCACUAAGUUUGGGAUUUACUGUUUUUGAAAGAAGGCCUGUCAUGACAACACAUUUUGAAGUAUUAUAUAUGGUUGAAGAUAGACGAUUAAUGAUAAUAUUGAAAUUUAUGCCACUAAAAUGGAUUAUCCCUCCCCCAAAAAUAUUUUAAAUGCACAGUAUUAUUAAAAACAACUUUAGUAAUUUGUUUGUAUCUUUAAUAAGCAAAGGUGGGUAGUACUCAGUUACAUUUACUCAAUUACAUUUACUUAAGUACCUUUUUAAAGAAAUUGGACUUUUCAUAGCACUUUUCCAGCAGCAUAUUGUUACUCCUGCUUGAGUAAUAUUUGUAUUGAAGUAACAGUACUCUUUCUUGAGUAAAAGUUUUGGAUAAACUUCUCACUUUCCCACCCUGAACUUCAAAUUAAUAAUCAAAUGUUACAUCCCUACAGUUACUCUUAUUUGAGUAAUUUCUGCUUUGUACCACUGCUUUGUAAUCCUACUUGAGUAAUAUUAUUUUGAACGUUACUCUUACUUGAGUACAAUUCAUACAAUUUAUAAUACAACCUUCUACAGCUCAAAUAUAAUCGUAUUGCCAAAAAAUAACCAAAUAUUUCCCACCAGUGCAAAGAAAAAUGUAUACGUGAUAAAUACGGCCCCGCAAAAAUUAUGAUUCUAUCCUUCAAAUAUUGAACAAUAAAUUAAUGUAGUAGGGUUUUCAAAAGUAUCGAAAAUCAGUUACUGAGCAUAUAAAAAAAAAAACUUUCAUUUUGUGUAAUUUUGAGCUUUAUCAGAACAAAGACCUCAUACUAAGAUAAAGAAAGGACUAGUAUUUUGUGUUGAAAAUUACAUUCUAUUUCUAAAAAAGGAUCAUUAUGGUAUCGUAAUCGGUAUCGGUAGUAUUGAGUUUCAAAUGUUUGCAUCGUGACAACACUACAAUCUAUUUUUUAAUUACCUUGACAGGCCUAGAAAUUUCCAAUCAGAAAAUCCACAAAAGUUGAACCUCAUCAUAUAUUGUCUAUGUUUGGGUCCAAAAUUUGCAUAAAACAUUCAUUUUGUGGUUUGAAGUCAACUGUCAACAAUCACAUUUUAUGAUUGAGUAUUGUCACCACUUUUUAAUACAGCUCAGGGUUCAGCCGUCAGAGAUUCAAUUCGCCUAAUGUUAAAGCAAUGGAGAUUUUAAGAUGCUUAACACUAAACUUAGAGCUCAUUCAAAAGUAUUCUGACACUAUAGCGCAAUAAAUGUGUUUACCUAUAUCGGGUUGUUUUUACCAAUGUCUCUUUGUGGACAUUGGAGUUUUUGACUUGAAUCUGAUCGCUUAUAUAUGGCUUCUCUCAGUCUAUCCUGAGCUUUAUU